AUGCCAGACUUUUCUGAGGAAGGGGUGGACCACUACCUACUGAAUCAAGUGAGGAUCAUAUGCUGCUACGUAGUGUGUGUGUCGUUGUUAUUGUGUGUGUGUUAGGUGGACCUGAGGUGCUGGACAGUGGGCAGGUGUUUUGAGAAGGUUUUGAAGAUGGUCAGAGAUCUGACCGCUGAGGUCAGCAAGAUAGACGGACACUUCCAGUCCAUCGCCCACGCUGGAGUCAACAACGAGAACAUCAAGGUAACACAAUGACUUUGAUAUCUUUCACACAGUGGCCUUCAGUAUGUCAAUCUACAGAAUUAUGGGAUCCCAUCUCUGUGUGUGUGUACAGGACCAGCCUGCCGUGGUGUCUAAAUGGGCAGCCAUCCUGAGAGGCAGAUGUUCCUUCAACCCAGCCAUCCAGGUAAGGCCCACUGUACUUGUGUGUGUUAAUAUUGUGUGUGUGUCUGUGAGGGGUCUGAUGAUUGUGUGUGUGUGUAGGUCCUGACUCCCAGCCUGGUAUUGGUGAGUGUUCCGGUGAGAGGGAUGAUUGGAUAUCAUUAGCAUGUGACUCAUCAGUGGAGAUACUAUUCUCUGACUGGCUCCCUCCUCCCCACUCCUGUCCAUGAGCCAGAGAAACUCCACCAAUGGCUGGAGCUGGAGAGCUUCACAAGCCCCGCCCAGGACUGGCAGGGAGGAUGUGUUAGAGCAGUUCAAAGAAUUAGCCAGUUCAAUUUCUUAAAUAUUCUCAAAUAACUCAGUAUUGAUGUGCAUGUGUGUGUAUGUGUGUCUUUUAUAGGAUACCAAAGUGUGUAUGGAGAGAGACAUUGUUCUGGCCAAGGUGGUCAGUCUUUUCAGAGAACAUCUAGAGACCGCCAUACAGACCUGUAGCUUCAGUAGUGAGUGUGUGUCAGGGUAGGGUAGGGUAGGGCAGGACAGGGUAGGACAGCAGGGCAUUAGACCUAUCAGACCUCCCACACAUACCUAUACCGCCACAGGCAACACACACACGCACAAGGUGUUGGGCCAGAGUAAAAUCUAUAGACUGACCAGGCCACAUGGAAACUGAGGUCAAAGGCUUCUCUCGUAGCCAAAGUACACACACACACACAAUCUCUAACCCGAUCCUGUAUGUGUGCAGGUAAGGUCAGCAUCUUGGAGUCUGUGGGUUCGGUAGUGUAUGUUGCCAUAGAGACGGUGGAGGGUGUGAUGGAGGCGGAAUUUGUUCCCACAGUGGAGCUGGGAGGUCAGCUGGGAGUCAUGCUUACAUUUACAUUACAUUUUAGCCAUUUAACAGACGCUCUUAUCCAGAGCGACUUACAGGAGCAAUUAGGGUUAAGUGCCUUGCUAAAGGGCACAUCGACAGAUUUUUCACCUAGUCGGCUCGGGGAUUAGAACCAGCGACCUUUCGGUUACUGGCACAACACUCUUAACCACUAAGCUACCUGCUUACUAACCCCUACUUCCCUACACACUAAACCCUAUAACUUUCUAUACCCUAACUUACUUUCUCUUUAUCUCUCCCUCUCUCCAGUUGUUUUGGUUUAACCUCAUGGCGACGUCUAACUACCACGGGCUGUUGACGUUCUCACGGGCGGAGCAGGCGUUGCUAGGGGGCCUUGACGAAGACGGUGGUUGCCGUAGGAAGUGUUACCAUGUCGUCAGACAGCUGAAAGAGGACUCAUGGUGUCCUGGAACCAAGCCUGUCAUCACAGCCUUCCACCUGCAGGUAUCCAAUCACAACACAGCGUCUCUGCCCAGGGCCUACCCCCUCCUCAGCAAACCAAUCAGCUCUCACCUUUUCAGAUGUUUAUGAUUUUUAAGUUAUGUUUAUAUAUUUGUGGUAUACAUACAGUCAUCUUUCUAUGUGUCUCUCUGUAACCCCCCUCUCUCCCUCUCUCUCUCUACAGACUCUGUUGUUCUGGUGCUGUGAGAAGUUUUCAUGUGGGCGACUGGCGCUGUAUAAAGGAGUGUGUGCUGCGUGUAGCCAGGAAGCUGUUAAAGCGUGUGAGCCAGCGCUACCUGAAACUCCUACAACCUGCUGUACAGUACCACUACUGA